AUGAAAGCUCUCUUACAAUAAACUAUGUAGUAAAUUAAAUUAGAUUAAGAAUUGAAGAAACUUUUAGCUCAUAGAAGUGAUUCUUAAGAUAUUUUAAUGAAGUAUGAAAUUUGUUUAGUUGUGAUAGAUUAUAAUCAAUUUUUGAAUAGGCACUUGAUGAUCAUACAGAAUUAUAUUGGAAGAAGGAACAUGCUCAUACUAAAACUUAAUUGGAAUGUUCUAUUUAAGAAUGUAUUGCAUUAAGACAUGAUUUAAGAGAAAUGGAUGAGGAUAGAACAGAAAAAUAAAAUAUUAUCAAGGAAUAAAAUAAAUAAAUAGAUGAAUUGUAAGAAGCCUUAGAGGAGAUAGAAUAGAAAUUGAAUAUUAUGCAAGAAAAUGUUUUAUAGUAAAAAUAAGAAUUAGCUGAAGAAUUUGAACAAAAUUUGAAUUAAAUAUAAGAUAGUUAUAAAUUAAAAGAAUAAGAGUAAUUUUAAAAUUUAUAAUAAAAAUUGACAGAAUUAGAAUAGAUUGUAAGUGAUUAAUAGGUUGCUUUAACAAAAGAAAGGGAAUUACAAUAACAUGUUGUUAAGGAUUAUAAAUAGGUAAAAGCAUAAUUGAAAACUGAAUAAGAAACUGUAACACAAUUAAGAUAAUAAAUAUAGAGUAUGAAAAAAACAAAUGAAACUUUAAAUAUUGAUAAAUAAUGUUUGGAAAAUAGAUCAAAAUAAUAGAAAUAAUAAAAUGAAACAUAAUAUAAAUAAAUAAAAUCUUUAGAAACUAAAUUAAUAGAUAUAACUGAAGAAUUAGAAAGAUAUAAGAAAAAGAAUUAAUAAGACUAAGCUAAUUUAAAAACUUAAUAAAAUGAUUAAGAGAAAAUUUAUAAAAGGAAAUUGAGAAAUUAUAAAUUAAAGGUGGAUGAAAUAAAGAAUAAAAUCAAAUAAAAUUUGUAAAAAAUAUUUUCAAGUCUAAAAUUGGACAUGGAAACAUUUAGAUUAUAAAUUUUAAAAGAAUUAUAAUUAGUUUCAACAUAAACUUGUUAAAUAGUAUCUAAAUAAUUGAAAUUAGAUUAUGAUUCAACAUAAAGAGAAUUCUCUGAUAAAAUGGAAUAAAUUCGAUAUUCUAUGUAAGCUCAUUUUAAAAACACUUUAGAAAAGCAAAUUUAAGAAUUUGAAUCUAAAGAAAUGCAAAUGAAAAAUGAAUAUGAAUUAAUCAUAAAAACUUUAAAAUCAUAAAUUUAAGGUCUUGAAGAUGUCUAAAAAGAUUUAGAAAGAGAAAUUUAAUAAAAAUAAACAGAAACUUAAGAAAAUUAAUUAAAUUUAUAAGAAAAAAUAGAAUUAUUAAUUGAAUAAUAAAAAUAACUAGAUGAACUAUCAAAUCAAGCAAAAGAUUAAUUAAAUUUAUUAAUGGAAUAGGAAGAAUAGAUUAAAGAAUUGAAGGAAUAAAAUGAAAAAUAUACUCGUAAAACAAUAUAAUAUGAAGAUUAUGUAAGUAAAUAAGCAAUUUUAUAUUAAACCUAAAAGGCAGAAGAAAAAAUGUAUAAAAAGUAAUAUGAAGAUGUUGCAGAAUCAAAUUAACAUUUAAAAAAAUAAAUUAAAAUUUUAUAAGAACAAUUACAAAGUGAUUAAUUUGCAAUAAAUAAACUAAAAACUUAAGUUUCUUCAGCAAAAUUAAAUAAUAUUAAAGAUGUUGAAGAAAGACAUUUAAUAAGACUAUAAAAUAUAAGAAAAAUCUGA